UCACGGUUACAUGGAUAUCAAGAAUAGACAUACACGUGCUCAAGAAUAGACAUAACAUGCAAAGAACGUGUGGUGAAUCUAAUAAAGGUAAUAAAAGGAUACAAAGAUUGAUGUCAAGAAUAUUUUGGGGCCAAUAGAACAAUAAAGGAUAUUUCUCUAUCAGUUUUAACCUUUUUUGUUCCUGAAAGUACCACAUUGUACUUCAAAAAAGUUUUGUGUUAAACUAGAAAUAGAUAAUCGAGAUAUGAAGCUGCACAAAUAAAUUAGCAGCAGAUUUUAGGGUUCAACCACGAAGGUGUAGAAGAGUGGAGUUAGUUUUUUUUAGCUCUCGAAGAACAGAGAAAUUCAAUUCAGUUGAACAGAUUCGCCGCGGGAGAGAAAUGUCGGAUUAUGUGCCAAAAGACUUGAUGAUUAAGAUCUUCACAAGGUUACCAAUCAAAUCAAUCCUUCGAUGCAGAAGUGUUUGCAAGUCAUGUUGUAAUGGGAUUGUGUGCCUUGCUGCUGCCGACCAAUUGAAUUACUUGAAUCAUUUCUACUUUUGGAACCCAUCUAUCAGAAAGCCUGUAGAACUCCCAGAACAAAUUUAUACAUGUGAGAAAUGUGAUACAUAUGCUUAUGCGUUGGGGUUUGGUUUUGAUCAUGUUACCAAUGACUACAAGGUGGUAAGAGUAGGAGACACUUCGUCUCAUCCGUUUCCACCUCAUGUUGAUCUUUAUAAGCUAAGUACUGGUGUUUGGGAAGACAUUAGCCAUGUCUCUCUGUCUUACCUAUUCCUUGCCACUACAUCACAGGCGUAUGUGAAUGGAGCUUCUCAUUGGAUUGCUUCCAAAUGGGAUGUAUUAUCAUUUGUGAAUGUGAUUGUUUUAUUCAACAUGCAUGAUGAGAUAUUCUCAGAGAUGAUAUUGCCGAGUAGUUUAAUCAAUGAGUCACGAUCACACUAUGAUGAAAUGUUCCUUUUUGUGUCAGAGGAAUCUCUUUGUUUGGUUGAUAAUAACUAUGACAAACGUGAACCUAUUGAUAUUUGGAUGAUGAAAGAGUAUGGUGCACCAGACUCAUGGGUGAAACAGUUCAGCAUCCAAAAUAAUCAGUUUGCACAACAUAUUCCUCUUCGUGAUGACAUUUUCUGGACACCUUAUUCUGGAAGCGCUGCUCCAACUGAGCUUGAGAUUGCUAAUGAAUUUCUGAAGCCAAUGGCUAUAAGGAAAAAUGGUGAAAUCUUAUGGGAAGGUAACCGAAGAUUAUUUGUUUCAGUUGAUCAUACAGGUGAAAGGUUUAAAGAUGCUGACAUUGGUAACUCAUCAAAUGAUUGGUGUUACAAUCCACGUUAUGUUAAUUAUUACAAAGAGAGCCUUGUUUUACCUGAUAGAUGGACAAAUAAUUGUGUUGGAGAUGCUUGUGAGGAGUCAUCCAAUUUAUGGAAGAGAGAGCCCAAAGAUGGGAAAAGAAGGAUCUCAAGGGAAAAAUCUAAAUAUAGAAUCCGGAUUGCAUCUCUUUUGCACAUGAGUGGAUUGCUUUACGUGUCAAAAAUGAAAGGGAAAUGGUUGCGGAAGAAAGGAAGGAAGAUCAAGCAAGUCAAAGAUCCUUCAUUGUCCAAUUAAUUAGCUAUGUUGCACUUGAAGUCCUUUAGCUCAGGUUCAGUCUCACAAUGAAGACCUCUUUUGAUGUAGUGGAAGGUCAAAGCUUCCAUGAGCCAGAAGCGUAUGGCAUAUUUAAUACUCUAGGUUACUGAGCUUCCCUCAUUUCCCGCUUUUGACAUAGGAAGUCUUCAUUCUAUCUAUGAGGAAGGUUCUACAUCAGGUGCUUGUAAUAAAAACUGCAAUACAGCUAAGCCGUCCAUUACUAAAGGUUUCUGCCCUUGUUUCGAAAUACAGAAUUCUGAAAGAGCGACCAUUGGAUCUACCAUAAGAUAAACUAUAGUUCCCCUGACAGCACAACUAUUGUUGAACAAGCGAUAUUUCAUCAACGAGCUCUUAGACGUUGGCACAACCGCUUGUUCAGCAAUGAUCUGCUGCCAAGUGAACUUUGGUUUACACCGGCUCCAAACUUCUGUUAAGUUGUUCAUGUCAUCGGCUACCACAGAGUUUUUAUUCCACUGAUAUGCCUUUCAUGCCUGCUACACCCAGAACAUUGUUGCUCCAACAGAGAGAAGAGCUUUCUUACUCUUUCCUAUUCGUUUGUUCUUUCAAUUUCCAAUUUU